AUGAAGUUAUUAUCAUUACCCACACUUGUCACCAUUUCAGUGCUCAUCCUUGGAGUAGCACACUUGGGAUUAUGUAGACUUGAUUGUCCGUUUAAUCAAGAUGCAGAUUCUCCAGCUUUGGUCCAAUUUCUUGGUGAAGAUUGUCCACUUGGUGAUUCUUGUGAGGGUUUAGCUAGUCAUGUUGGGCAACCAUGUCCAAAUGGAGGUAGUAUAAAUAAUUGUAUGGGUACCAUUGAGAUAAGUAAAAGUCCUGUGCUAUGCAAUGAGGAUAUUCUUUGUCAUGAACAUAAUAGAAGAGUCAAAAGGUGCACAAAUCAACUUGAUUACAAAAUAGUAAAAUGCACUCAGAACAGGUGCAGGAUUGAAGCGGCUCAUGGGGAAACAAGUGAAUGCCCUCCUGAAAACCAUUACAGCGUGGAAUGCAACAAUAGACACCGAGACUGA